UCAGAGGGCGGGGACGUAUGUGUGCGGUCAGUGAAGAGCGCAGGGCGGAUCAGCGAGAGGCCGCGACACCCACACACGCGCGGAAAACUCUCUGAAAUCAACGGAAACGUAAGAGUCAUGGCGGAUCUGAGCUUGACCGAUGCUCUGACCGACAGCGUUCCUCAGCCUGACGUGGAGAACAUGGUGGAGAGGGAUUUUGUGACCUCGCUGGAGGCCGAGACCUUCGACGAUCAGAUCGGAGAGACGGUUGACAAGGCCAACUACGUCCCACUGCUGGACAAUGACGGGAAGGAUCCGGGUACAGUAGUCGAGAUCGGACAGCAGGAAGUCCAAGGGGCUCAAAACCCUGGCGCCGUGAAUCCACUGAUGCCACCGAAAGAGACGCCUCUUCAGACUGAGCAGCAGACGUUUGGGACAGACUUACUAUCAGACUCAGUGUCUGGUUUUGCUGAUCAGUGGAGCUCACAGUGCAGCCCUCCGCAGGCGAUGGCAGCGUUCACAGGUUCGUCUCAGCCCAGCGUAAUGUCAGCAGUGAUCACAGGUGCUGCUCCUUUCCAGACAGAAAGACCGUCUGGUUUGGCCGAAGUGCAGGAGCCGCCAGCUGCUCAGGCCACCGAAGCCCCCAAAAUACCAGCUGAACCCCUGGCAGCCACCACACCCAAGAGCCCACGGGACACAUCUGCAGGUGUCUUUGGUGACCGCUGGUCCGAUGAGGCCGGCAUUCCAUCUGACCUGCCCUUCACGCCCAGCGUUUCCACCGUUAUCAGUCGCCAUGCCGGUCCUCUAGUAGAGAGCAGCCCACAUGUCCCGGCCGACCUUCAGUGGUACCCGAGAGAUAGCGGGGCAGGAGAUGCAGAGGAAAGGGAAAGUGAAGGAUAUGACCGGAAGAAGGAAAAGAAGAAGAAAAAGCGGAGACCCAGGGACGAGGUGUACGACUUCCCCAAGGAUGUGCAGAGCGAAAGUGCUUUAUCCGACAGCCCCCAUCAGCCAUCCCCGCGCAAGGAACGGGACCGAGACGGAGGCUGGGAAGACGGAGGCCACUUUGGUGGGAGAGUCAAGAAGCCAAAAAGCCGUAAGAAGAUUCCCGAGGAAUGGGCGAUCCAUGCAGACCCCUUUGUCCCUGCUUCGGCUUGCAUGCCGCAGGAGUUCUCAACUGAUUUCUCCCAAUCAUCCCUUGAAGUUGACAGUGGACUUUCUGCUUUCUCGCUUUCUGAGGACUUCACCGAUGAGAGUCUCAUUCCCAUGUCUCUUACCCAAGAUCUUCUAUCCCUCACGGCCAGUUCCCCACCAUCCUCAACACAUCUUGAACCUGCAAUGCCCUCUCCAAAGUCUCCCGGUCAAGCCCCCGAUUUAUCCCCCCAGCACCCCUUAUCCAUGCCACCCGGAUUCCAAGAUAUCCUCAUGGAAACUGAAGAUUCUCUUGUUUGCAACCUCAGCGACACUCAGCCUUUCGUCUCUCCUGGUGCGACCUUUGAGGAAGCAAUCUUUGGACAAGAUCACACCUACACCACCGAAGAUUCACCGUUAAAGGAGCCCCAGGCAUCCACCCCUGGAAGCACUUGUUUUGUACCACCGAUGGAAGCACUGAUCUCGGCACCACCGUUUUCUCCAUCUGGACCUGCGUGGUCUCUUAAUAAUCACAGUCAACCCUUUGAUCUUGAAGGUGUUUCCUUUGAGACCCCGGUUCCUGCACCUCUGCCUUCGCCCAAGAGCAAAGCCCCAAAGGAACCCAAAUCCAAACAAGGCAAGAAGCCCGGCUCAUCCUCAUCAAAGAGUCCAACCUCCCCUGAAGCAAAGUUGCCGUCUCCCCAGAAUUCCGGUCUAAAUCCGGCCGCUCUGCCGUUCUUCCCUAGUUUUGCAGAACCUCGGGAGCUCAAAGCAGGAGCGCUCUUCACUUUGGAAGAAAACUCUGAGAAGAACAAGCCGGAGGUGAACAAAAUGGACACUGUCCAGAAGUUCGAUGACUUUAAUGUUGUCAGCAAGACGGACAAAUAUCAGAAGAUGGAAACAGUGGAGGAGAAAGACAAAACUGUCCACACGGACAAACAGACAACCAAAGGAGAAAACACAGAAGCUGUGGACAAAAUCAAAGACGUGGAUGUGGCUAAAUCAGAGAAGAAUGAAAUAGUUCACAAAGUAGAAACGCCAGUGAAAGUUGAGAAGUUCGAACCUUUGGAGAAAAAUACUAAAGAUGAGACUGAAAAGGCUGAUAAGGUUGAGAAGACCAACGACAAAAACCAGACGACAGAAAAGAUUGAUUCCUCUCCAAAGAUGGAGAAAAAGAAGGUGGAGCCGGUGGAAAAGGUUGAGCUGAAGACGGAAGAAGAAGUGAAAGUAGAGAAGAAAGACGAGGAGAACAAAUCAGAUCAGAAAGUAGAGAAAGAUGAACAGAAGAACAAAGAAGAACAGGUGAAGGAAGUGGAAAAGGAGAAAGCAGAACAGAAGACCCAACAAGACAAGACAGAAAAGGACAAAGUAGAACCGAAAACAGAAAAGACUGAGCCGGCUGACAAGAAACCUGCCAAAGCUGAGAAGGACGAGAAAGCCAAAAAACCAGCUGCUAAACCCUCCGCGGCCAAGCCUGCGGUAACCAACGGUGCACCUGGAAAAGACUUGACUAGUCCUGAGAAGAAGACCAAGCCUGUCGCCGGCGCAACCAAACCUAGCUCUGUCAAGCCCCGGCCGAGCUCCGCCUCCAGCACUACAGCCGCGCCCAAGCGCUCCACCCCUACCUCAGCCGCUGUCGCACCCGCCCCCCUCAGCAAAAAAGCCCCUGUGCCCAAAGCUCCUGCCCCAGCCGCUGGCACCAAACGGCCCGCCACAGCGUCCACACGACCCUCCACCGCAUCCAGCACAGUCACCAGAGAGGUCAAGCCCAAGACGGCCACAGAGAAACGGCCGCCUGUGCCAAAGGCUGCUGUCGCUCCGGCUCGGCCCGCCGCAGACAGACCUGCGACCGCAACACGCACCGCCGCCAGCGCUCCUGCAGCACGACGCCCGGUCGCAAAGACUGAGAGCAAACCAGGAGACGAAAAGAAACCAAGCACACUGAAAACUACAGAUGCCGCCCGCUCUAAACCUGCUCCUCUCAAAGCCUCCACCACUACAAGCAGCAGCAUCGCCGCUCGCCCUCGCACCACCAAAACACCCGUCUCCAGCAGCACUACAGCCGCUGCUGCGCCCGAGAAGAAGCCGGCGGUGCCCCGCGCACCUCGACCCAGCUCCAGCUCCACCUCCAGCGCCAGCGCAAUGACUCGCAGCACAGUGCGGCCCAGCUCCACACCGGCACCCGACACCAAAAACAUCCGCUCCAAGAUCAGCUCCACAGACAACAUCAAGCACCAGCCGGGAGGAGGAAAGGUCUCAGUGUCUCAGAGCUCGCCCUCCAAAGAGACCAGCCAGGCCAAAGUUCAGAUAGUCUCCAAAAAACUGGACUACAGUCACGUGACUUCUCGCUUGGGCUCCAAGGACAAUAUGAAACAUGUUCCUGGUGGAGGGAACGUCCAGAUUCUCAACAAGAAGGUUGACUUGAGUAAAGUGGCUUCAAAGUGUGGCUCCAAGGCCAACAUCAAACAUAAACCAGGUAUGAUGAAACCCUAA